AUGAAUUUUCUGGUUGCGUCGUGGUGGUGGCUGGUGAUACCGGUGCUGCAGGGGUCUGUGGGGCACACGGUGUAUAAAGUGGGUGUGCUGAUGGCUUCAAGAUUGGACUCGCCUUUUGAUUUGGAGCGGUGCGGGCCGGCGGUCGACCUCGCUCUCGACAAGGUGAACGAUCGGUUCCUGGCGCAUCAUGGGGUUCAGCUCCAGAAGGUGCAGGGAAGCUACCCGUCAUGCUCCGGCGCAAUCGCUCCAGGGCUGGCAGCGGACAUGCACUUCAAGGAUGACGUCAUCGCGUUCGUAGGCCCUGCGUGUGCGUUCGCGCUCGAGCCUGUAGCACGGCUUGCUGCCUACUGGAACACCCCUAUCAUCACUGGGAUGGGGGACCAGCCGCCAUCGGAGGGAGAAUUGGCAGCCCCAGCCAGUGUGGUCAGCCGUAUGCACAGACUUCGAAAUCUCCGGAAAGGCAUCAAGCCAACAACGCUGUUCAACGACAAAGGGAAGUAUCCAACGUUGACUCGCAUGUCGUACUGCCAGUGCCGUUUACCUCACGUGUUUACCAGCGUCUUCGAGCGUUUCGGAUGGGCACACGUUGCCCUACUGCUGGACAAGUCGGAUUUAUUCUCGCUGACUGUGGGUAAGAGCCUAGAGUGGGGUCUCCGCAAAAAAGGGAUACUGAAAGCCGUACGGGAACUGGAUGGUAACGAAAGGGAGUCCUGCGAAACUUUACUGCGAGACGUCAGCAUGUACGCACGAGUGGUAAUCCUGAGCGUUCGUGGCCCACUAGUGCGAGAAUUCUUGCUCGCAGCGCACUCGCUCGGCAUGACGCGCGGCGACUGGGCCUUCCUCGACGUCGAAAUAUUUCAGGGCGGCUACUGGGGCGAGACGGGCUGGGCGGCCGGCGACGACCGCGACGCCGCCGCCCGCGCCGCCUACGAGGCUCUGCUUCGGGUGUCGCUCAAACUGCCCACUGGAGACCGCUUUGACGACUUCGCGGAUGCCGUGAAGGCACGGGCGAGGCUACAUUAUAAUUAUACUUUUUCGGAUGGCGAGGAGGUAAACUUCUUCAUCGGUGCUUUCUACGAUGGCGUGUACCUGCUAGGUAUGGCACUCAACGAGACCCUGACUGAGGGUGCUGAUAUUCGAGACGGUCGCAACAUCACGCGCCGCAUGUGGGGCAGAGACUUCCACGGGAUCACCGGCCACGUGCGCAUAGACUCCGUCGGGGAUCGCGAUGCGGAUUACGCGAUACUGGACCUGGACCCUGUCACGGGAAAGUUUGAGGUAGUGGCGUUUUACCACGGCCUCAACGGGAGCUACAAGCCGGUGGCUGGCAAGGCCAUCCAUUGGCCGGGGGGCCGCCGCGGACCCCCGCCUGAUACGCCUCGCUGCGGGUUCCUUGGGAAUGACCCUAUGUGCCAAGGAGCACGAAUCGACGCGGAGUUGAACAACAUGGCUUGGCGCGUCCGACCUGAAGAGGUGCUGGUGGAAGUGGGCACCGGGCUUGGAGCCAGCCCAGCGCUGCACAGCAUCAACGAGGUCCUCAAGCUCUCCUUAGGAUGGAGCGCCCGAGGCAACAACGCGACGGCUUCUGGCCUCAACACGCCCUCUCUCAACCUCUCUUCCUUCACCGUAGGCCUGUACAAAGGCAACCGGGUAGCCGUCAAGAAGAUCCACAGGAAGAAACUCGACUUGAACAAGAAGCUGUUGUAUGAAAUAAAACUGGCCCGCAACGUAUCGCACGAGAACACCGUGCGUUUCAUCGGCGCGUGCGUCGACUGCCCGCUGGUGUUCGUGCUGACGGAAUACUGUCCUAAGGGCUCGCUGAAGGACGUCCUGGCCAAUGAGGAGCUGCAGCUCGACUGGAACUUCAGGACGUCGCUGGUGCAUGACAUUGUGCAGGGAAUGUGCUACCUCCACGGCGGGCUCGGCGCCCAUGGAAAGCUGCGUUCCUCCAACUGCCUCAUCGAUGGACGCUUCGUGCUCAAGAUCUCGGACUACGGGCUCACCACGCUGUGCACUCCCACCGACUUGAUUAAAGACGACACGUACUACUACAAGCUACUAUGGACAGCUCCCGAGCUUCUCACAAGCAGCGUGUACCCGGGGGCGGCGGCGUCGCUCAAGGGAGACGUGUACAGCUUCGGCAUAAUCCUAGAGGAGAUCGUACUGAGAGCCGGACCUUUUCAUCAUUAUACGCCCUCUUUGUCGAACAAAGAAAUAGUGUCCCGCGUGUGUGCGCGCGAGUCGCCGCCCUUCAGGCCGGCGGUGUGCGCGGGGGAGGCGGGCGCGGGCGCGGGCGGCGGAGCUGCGGCGGAACUUCUGGACCUGGCCGCCCGGUGCUGGACGGAGGCGCCCGAUGACAGACCGCUUGAGAAUGUCAAUGUCGAUUUCUUGCUUUAUCUUCAGAAAUAUGCUGUCGCGACUCUGCGACUGGCACCCGCAGUGAAAAUAGUGUCCCGCGUGUGUGCGCGGGAGUCGCCGCCCUUCAGGCCGGUGGUGUGCGCGGGGGAGGCGGGCGCGGGCGCGGGCGCGGGCGGCGGAGCGGCGGCGGAGCUUCUGGACCUGGCCGCCCGGUGCUGGACGGAGGCGCCCGAUGACAGACCGCUUGAGAAUCCCAUCACUCUAGAAAUGGUAUCCACGGAAAAAAUAGUGUCCCGCGUGUGUGCGCGCGAGUCGCCGCCCUUCAGGCCGGUGGUGUGCGCGGGGGAGGCGGGCGCGGGCGCGGGCGGCGGAGCUGCGGCGGAGCUUCUGGACCUGGCCGCCCGGUGCUGGACGGAGGCGCCCGAUGACAGACCCUCGUUUGACACCAUCAACGCUACUUAUAUCAAGGGAUACUGCGAUAACCUGAUGGACGAUCUGCUGAGUCGCAUGGAACAGUACGCCAACAAUCUCGAGUCGCUGGUGGAGGAGAAGACAGAACAGCUCUCUUUGGAGAAGAGGCGCUCCGAAGAACUAUUGUACCAAGUGCUACCAAGGCCAGUAGCGCAGCAGCUGAUGGCAGGCGAGAUGGUGCAACCAGAGAGCUUCGAGUGCGUGACGGUGUACUUCAGCGACAUCGUCGGCUUCACUGAGCUGUGCGCCGCUUCGACCCCCAUCCAGGUGGUGGACUUGCUCAACGACUUGUACAGCACCUUCGACAGGAUCAUUGGGUUCUAUGACGUUUAUAAGGUGGAGACAAUAGGCGACGCGUACAUGGUGGUGUCAGGUCUACCGGAGCGCAACGGAGACAUGCACGCUCGGGAGAUCUGCCUCAUGGCGCUCGCGGUCGUGGAGGCCGUCAGGAGCUUCGUAGUGAGGCACCGCCCCACGCAUCGGCUGGAGGUACGCGUGGGAGUGCAUUCAGGCCCGGUAUGCGCGGGCGUGGUGGGCGUGAAGAUGCCGCACUAUUGCCUGUUCGGGGACACCGUCAACACGGCCAGCCGCAUGGAGUCUGCUGGCCAACCUCUCCGUAUCCACCUAAGUGAGAGCACACGAGCAUUACUCGAACAGUGGGGCACAUUCGUCGUCGAGCGCCGAGGGGAGGUUGAACUGAAAGGACGCGGACGAAUGCUGACCCACUGGCUGCUACACUGCUCUGAGCCCGAAGCGAGGAUGGUGGCGCAAGGGCCCCAGCCUCCCCCACAAUACCCCAUCUUGUUCCCAUCGCUGCCUCAGCCACCUAUGUCGCUGCAAGUCCCGUAUUUAGUGGUGGAACCUCCUACGUUAGCUGCUUAGGCUAUGGAAGAUACUUCAAUAGAAAGACACGGGUCUUAACUGCUGCAGCCUGCAGUCUGCUUACGACCACUUCUGCAUGUGCAGCAUAACGUCAAGCCGUGAGUGUAUAAUGUAACUCAUUAAUAAACGUCGCGUUAACACCCGUGUCUUUGUAUUUUAGUUGAAAUGGAACGCGAAAGUUUAAAAUCU